CGUGGUCAGUGGCGUGUCCCGGGACCCGACUCUUUGCGCUUCUCCUCAAUCCUGCGAUCACCCAUCCAGUUUUGUACUGCUGUGGGCCUUUUCCUAAACUUUAACUCCUAUUUCUUUACUCACCGUGUGCUGUACUCUGCUUGAUUGGAGACAGAUCACGGUUGGACCUCAAGAUGUCUGUAGCGGGGUUGAGGAAACAGUUUUAUAAAGCCAGUCAGAUGGUCAGUGAGAAAGUGGGCGGUGCAGAAGGAACAAAACUAGAUGAGGAAUUCAAAGACUUGGAACGGAAAGUAGAUGUGACAAGUAAAGCAGUAGUAGAUGUCAUCUCAAAAACCUCAGAGUACCUUCAGCCCAAUCCAGCCUCCAGAGCCAAACUGUCCAUGUUGAACACAGUGUCUAAGAUCCGUGGUCAGGUGAAGAAUCCGGGCUACCCCCAGGCUGAGAGCCUGCUCGGGGAGUGCAUGACUAAAUACGGACGAGAGCUGGGAGAGGACACUAACUUUGGGGGAGCACUGGUGGAUGUAGGAGAGGCCAUGAAGAGAUUGGCAGAGGUCAAAGAUUCUCUCGACAUCGACGUUAAACAGAACUUUAUUGAUCCUUUACAAGGCCUAUGUGACAAGGACCUCCGAGAGAUACAGCACCACCUUAAGAAGCUGGAGGGCCGGCGGCUUGACUAUGAUUACAAAAAGAAGCGCCUGGGGAAGAUCCCUGAUGAGGAGAUCCAGCAGGCUCUGGAGAAGUUUCACGAGUCAAAGGAAGUGGCCCAGACAAGCAUGUACAACCUCCUGGAGACAGAUAUCGAGCAGGUGAGCCAGCUGUCUUCUCUGGUGGAGUCUCAGCUGCAGUACCACAGGCAGGCCGUGCAGGUGCUGGAGGACCUUUACAGCAAGCUCCAGGACAGGGUGACAGAGGCUCAGUCUCGGCCCAGACGUGAAUACACUCCUAAACCCAAACCUGUGUAUGACUUUGGGGACAACAGCCAUUCAAAUGGAGGAUACACCUCUUCCAUGGCUGCUCCACCUUCACGGAACUCAGAAGCGUCACUGCACUUGGACAGAUAUUCUUUUCGGAAACCCAGAUUGUCUCCUGAACAGCCGAGCUGUAAAGCCCUGUAUGACUUUGACCCAGAGAAUGAGGGUGAGCUGGGCUUUCGCGAGGGAGACAUUAUUAUUCUAACCAAUCAGAUUGACGAGAACUGGUAUGAGGGCAUGCUCAAUGGCCAGUCAGGAUUCUUCCCACUCAACUACGUGGAGGUGCUGGUCCCACUGCCUCAUUAGGACCAUGGUAGUUUAGAGUAAAGGGAGUACACAUGAUUUUCAACAUCAUCAUCCACCAGCACAGUUUCCAUCUGCUUUACUACAAGUUUAAAAGACUGACUGAAGACUAUUAAAAGGAAGCGAUCAAUUUGUGUGUAACACAAAUGUGCAAAUGUGCUCCACUGCAAAUUUGCUCCACUGUCCACAGUAGUUAGGAGGUAACCUGUCAGCAUUAGACAAAAUCAUUAUUAAUACCGAUGAAGAUGACAUGUUUGAGGGGCUCAAGUUCAGCUCUUAGUGACAUCUGCUGGCUUAUCUUAGAACAGCUUUUUUUAAAAAGCUGAAAUCACAUUUCCUGUCAAAAUGCUCCUCCUCUUGUUGUCGGUAUCUGAGAUGUGCAAUUGAGGAUGAUGAUGCAUGAGAUGUUUUAGUGUUCAGUAUUGGAUCUGUGAUCUCCGCUUUGUUGUGGAACCAUUCUUCUUGGGGAAAUGUAAUUUGCACCUUGGUCUAGAUGAGAUUGAUGACUGUGUGAACGAAUGAUUCCACAUCAGCACCAAAGUAACACAAACCUUGCACCUUGAAGUGGCUUGGCAGAUGUGUGUUUGUUGUCUAGACUUUCAGAUUAGACUGUAGUCUAUUCUUAUCUUUUUAAUAGAGCUGAGUGAGCCAAAAACUUUAUAUGAAAUGUAAUAGCAAUUAAAUGUGCCUGUUUCAAACUCUCCUUCCUCUAUUGUUACACAGCCAUAUGCCAUAGCCCUCUGCUCUGUCCUUAUAAUUUCAUCUAACCUAUUUGGUCAGCUGACUUAUUGCCUGAAAAGACGAGCGCUGCAGGCAGCAGCUCUGUCAAGAUUGUUGGCCUUUUUGUCUGUCUCAUUGAUUUAGAAAAAGUCAAAUUAGCAGUGUAGUUUCUAGUGUAUUUUUGUAGAACAAUGUCUAUGUGGCUUCUAGUUUAGGGUGCAACCCCUAGGCACGGCCUGUCUGUUCAAGAGGGGAAGAUCUGGAGUAAAAAGGGGAUAUCUAGAGGCACAACAAACUCUUUCAAUCACUUUCACCUAACAUGUCUCAUGUAAAUGGAAGACAUUGUUGUCACAACGUGUCAUAGUCCUUUCCUGUGAUGUGGAGAGGUUCGUUGCCUCUGUUUUUAAUUGUUCUCAACACUCCACACCACCACCUGUGUAGUUGGCUCAUUGUCUCAUGUUUACAUCUGCUCAACAUGUCAGUGCUUUUACAAAGUUCAGGGAAAUGUGUGAGGACAGCGUGUGGAGCGUGCUUGUUUCUGUGCCUUCUGUGGAAAAGGAGAAAAAUGUAUUUUCACCAGAAACCAAAACAAAUACAUUUCUUUUGACUUAACCAAGAACUCUAGACUGAAUGCAUGUGUUUUGUUUUUCUGUACAUUUGCUACACUACAGCCAUAGUCCAAGAUAUUUCUGUGUGAGACUGAGCAGCAGAUUCUAAUCAGAUUUUAAUAUGUGUAAAAUGUCCCUUUUCUUUAAGGGCUGAUAUAUACGUUUCUCCAGUCUUAAGUGCUCUUUCGGCAUAGGCAAGUUGGCUCUAUAUAUAGUAUUAUUUUUUAUAUAAAUACCUUAAACCUCUCAAAUUAAUCUUUGCAUGUUGUCCAAUAUAAUACAUUUUAAAUAUGUCUUUUUACUUUUGUUAUGAGUACAAACUUUAACCACAAUACUUUGUUUAGUACCUAGAUAUUUGUAGUUGUCUUGUCUUUUUGUGCCCCUCUGCCCUACUUUAAAUAAAGAAAAAAUACCUGC